AUAACCUAUGACCUAAACUGAUGACCCCUAGCCCUGGAUGGGACUUAUGUGCACAUUGUACCAUUGUACACGCUUUUCGUUUCAUCGGUCAUCAUUGGGGUACGAACCGUUUACUUAAUAAACCUGCAACCGACAGAGUAAAGCGGCAAAAUGUCUGACACAUUUUUGAAAGCAGCAGAAGAGGUGAAGCAACUGCCAAAACAACCAACAGAUCAAGAGAGGUUGGAUGUAUAUGGUCUAUACAAACAAGUCACUAUUGGUGAUGUGAACACAGCCCGUCCUGGAAUGUUAGAUCUCACAGGUAAAGCCAAGUGGGAUGCCUGGAAUGCACUUAAAGGAAAGACUAAGGAAUCAGCUGAAACAGAAUAUAUACAAAAAGUUGAGGAAUUGAAGAAGAAAUAUGGAAGCUAGGAAUCCAUUACCAGCAUUAAAUAUUCAUGUUCUGUGUUCAUAAUUUUAGCUAUGUUGUAAUGUACUAACAAUGAUGAUUUAUUAUGUAAUUUUAAUGUCAUAGAUAAAUAUUUAUCCCAUCUAAAAACAUUUAUCCUUUAAUUUCUAAAUAUACCUGGAUCUUUUACUGCCAGUAUGGGUACAUUAUUAUUGUGCAUUUGUCUAAAAUAAUAUUGACGAACGGUUUCAAUAAAACAUCCACUGUUUGGUUUAC